AUGUUCAGAUCACUCAAGUACCUCACCGCGACCGGUGUUGCCGCCGUCGGUGGAGCUUCGCUCUUGACCUCUAACCCCGUCCACGCCGAGGCUACUCCGUCCCCCUCUGACCGUCUCGGUCCCUACAAGAAGCCUAUCUACGACACCCCAGUCACCACCACAACCCUCGAAUCCAUCCCCCCCUCUCCCCUCGAAGUCCACAUCCGCCUCGCCCGCCAAAAGGUCUCAGAAGAAUAUUUCGCUGCCCGCGCCCACCUCCACUCCGCCGUCAACUCCUGGAUCGGAUACGAGAAGGCCGUGGAAUCCACCCUCCGCGAAGUCGCACCCCGAAAUGAAGAGUUGUUGCCCGGAGCGAUUUAUGUCGUUGUUUCUGGAAUGGCUGGAUCGAUCGUCGCACGUAACAGGAUUUGGCCGUUGCGGAUGUUCACCUCGGCUCUUUUCCUCGUCGGUGGAGCGCACUAUUUCCUUCCUGAGACCGCGAAGAAUGUGAGUGAGUUGGCUUGGAGAUACGAGCAGCGUACUGUGCCGCAGGUUGCAAAGGUACAUGCGGAGGUUAGGGAGAAGGUCGAGACUGCGAUCCAUAAUGUUGAGGAGGGUGUGGAGAGGGCGGAGAAGGUUGUUACUGAGGGUGUUGAGAAGGGGAGGGAGUAUGCUAAGGAGCAUUUGGAGCAGAAGUAA